CGGUGCUCAUUGUGGCAGAAUUGCAGAGCACUGGACUGUACAGAGCAGGAUAGUCAGCAAGGGGUGGGGUCCGACGACGCCGACACCACACAGAUAUAAGCUGAAAGAGGGAAAGAAGAGAAGGACAAGAGAGAGAGAGAAAAGGGGGGACGUUUGCACCUGAAGAGGAAUACAAUACGGGAUGAAAGGAGACACCCCAGUGAACAGCACCAUGAGCGUCGGCCAAGCCAGGAAGCUUGUGGAGCAACUGAAAAUAGAGGCUAGUUUUUGUAGGAUAAAGGUAUCAAAGGCAGCGGCUGACCUGAUGGCGUACUGCGACGCACACGCCUGUGACGACCCCCUCAUCAUGCCUGUGCCCACCUCAGAGAACCCUUUCAGGGAGAAGAAAUUCUUCUGCGCUCUGCUUUGAGACAAAUCAGGGAUUGUUGUGACAAAAGUACAACUGUACAGUAUGUACAUGUCUGUACAGUGUGUACAUGUACUUCCAAUCUUAAUAAGACAUCCAUGUACUAUAGUAUCCUUGCAUAAAAGCUGCCGAUGUACAGUACAUAAUCAACUACAUAAUGUCUCAAACUAAAUACUGUAACUGCUAAUGUCUGUCUGUGUUAGACGGUAAGAACAACAACAACAUAAAUACCCUUAACAUGAUCAAAGUCACCAAGUUGCAGCAGAAGCUGAAAGAAACAACAAUUUCAGAAAUGAUGCAGUUAGAAACAUGAACAUCUCAUAUUCCAGUUACAGGUAACUGCUGAAAGAAACAACAGGAAUACUGAAGGUGACGAAGGUUCAUUUGGUUUCACAUAAUUUAACUGGGGUGCUAAACUCAUAAAAUAAAGGCCUCUGAUUGGUCAGUUUUGGCACUAAAAUGCCAGAGCCAUCACAGUUAUAUGGCGUCCAGAAAACCGACCAUUUGACAAAAUGGGGACAUUGUGGACACAACAUGCAUCGAUAAAAAUAAAGACAGGAUCUGUCCAACCUGUUUGUUAUUACAUCCUGCACCUAUCGUUUAUGAACAUUUGCACUCUCUACUGGCAGUUACAUGUAUCUGCAAAGCACAUCAGCUAUUUUUUUCUUCCUCAGUGAAAUGAAAUAUUUGUUUUACAUUUUGUUACACUUUAACACUUUGCUAAUUUCUCAGUGUGGAUGUUUGUGUAAAGGUGCUACUGUGAACAAUAAGCAACAAUUAUGACCACUGGGUCACUAUCAGAUAUUUUGUAGUUCAAUGACAUCGACCCAAAGACAUCUUAAAGUGAUAUAAAAUGUUAUAGGCAUCAUUUACAUUAU